AUGCCUGCUGAAUCGUCUUCUAGCGAGGACAACUUGAUUCAGUGCUAUAACAAAGGUUGCGGGCAGAAGUUCGACCCGAACGACAAUAACCCAGACUCAUGUUUAUAUCACCCCGGUCCGCCGUACUUCCACGAUGCUUACAAGAUAUGGAACUGUUGCAAUAAAAAAAGCACUGACUUCGGUACCUGGCUCAACUUUCCGGGAUGUACUCGUGGGAAGCAUAAUGGGGAAAAACCUGCUGACAUAGUGAAAGUGGCCGCUGUGAAGGAGAUACGGCCAGAAAAGAUGGAUGUUACUCCUGGCGCCCAAGCGGCUUUGCAACGCUAUCGCGAACAACAAGGAAACAAUCCAACCAGUAAUGAAUUACGAAUUGGAGCACCGUGCAGGAACAACGCGUGCGAUAAG